AUGGCUUGCUCAAGAGAUACUUCAAAAGUCAAAGGUCCAGGACAGAAUAAGAGAUUUUGGACAGAGGAAGAAGACACAAAAUUGAUUGAAUCACUUUUAGAAAUGCACAAUGAGGGAACGUUUAAAGCUGAAGGAAACUUUAAACCAGGAUACUUGAAAGCUCUUGAAAAAGCAUUAGCAACUAAAAUACCAGGAUGUGACCUACAAGCUAGACCACAUAUUGAGUCACGGAUGAAAACUUUAAAAACACAUUUUCAAAUUGUCCAUGAGAUGUUAACUGGACCAAAUUGUAGUGGAUUUGGUUGGGAUCCUCAGAAGCAGAUGGUCACUGCAGAAAAACCUGUGUGGGAGGCAUAUUUACAGAGUCAUAGAGAGGCAGCACCAUUCAAGAAUCAAAUAUUUCCUUAUUAUGAUGAUUUGUGCACAAUUUUUGGGAAAGAUCGUGCAACUGGAAAACAUGCAGAAACCCCAACUGAUGUAGAGGAAAAUGAGAAAGAAGAUCAACAUGUUAAUCUUGAUGAUGAUAACUUCAACUUUUUUCAUACUAUGGGGGAUACAUAUGCUGAAAAUGGAGAGUCUAUGUCAUUUUCACAAGCACAAAAUGGACCAAGAGCUCCUCCAAUCCAAUCAGAUGGCUCGUCAAAGAAAAAGCGAAAAAGUUCAAGUUUAGGAGAUAUUGCUGAGGCAAUUAAGGAUGCUUCACAAUUCAUCGGAGAAAAAAUAGAAAUGUCUUCUGUUCGACUAAGUCGUGCGAUUGGCGAGGAAAUGAAUGACAAACAAAUGCGAGUCAAUGAAGAGAUAAUGAGAACCACGUUGCUUCCCAUGAUGGAUCGCCAUAGGGCUGCUCGCAUGAUUAUGAGUGAUAAUGCUCUUGUUUCAUUCUUCUUUAGUCUCCCUGAUGAAGAGAAAGAUCAUUGGGUUAGAGCUUUACUAAUUGGAGCUAUCUAA